CGGUUUUUUUCUAUUUAAUAAAAUGCCUUCAUAUGCUAUUAUCUGCAUACCAAAUAAGAUGUGGUUACCCAAAACGGAUUCUGGGAAAUGUAUUUACAAAAGGACAUUCAUUGAUAAAUUAUAUAGCAUUUAAAAUUUAUAUGGAAAUUCCGUUUUUAUAUAUUCUUCGAACCAUGUUAGACUGGGUAUGCAUAGACACAACACUAACAGUAAUGGAAUGGAUAAAAAUGGAAGAUAUAUUUCAGUCGGUUUUUAUUGUUCGUUGCUAUAGACAAAUGGAUACUGAUUUCCCAGUUCUACGCGGAGAACCCAAAGCUUUGUAUGCCAAACUUUUGAUUGGUGGUACAAUAAUAUUAGUUCUCAUAGCGCUAAUUUGGAGUCCGUUGUUUCUAUUUGCUCUUGUCGGAACGGUGGGUAAACCCAAUAUACCACGCAAGGCUGACAUCACAGUGAAAAUUAGUCAUUACGAACCCAUAUUCUUAUCCCAAAGCUAUGCUGGCAUAUACCAAUUUUCAGAUGCAGACCUUCAAGACUUAACUAGCCGUAUUAUUUUGGAUAAUUUUGCAUCGGAUCAUAUGAUGGUGUACGACGCUGUUGACAUUACCGCUGUUAAAUUCUAUGCAAACUCCAUAACUCUGUGGAAUAUGUCGCCACCUGAUAAACUACGUUUAUUAGAUGAUUUGAAAAAUGGUAUGUCAAUGGAAAUUCGUUUUACUCUUGCACUGAAGUGUAAUCUGACACCAGAAGUUAUUAUUUAUGAAACGGCUUAUACUCUUGCAAAAAACAAAGUUAAUACUAGGGAAAAGCUAAUAAGAAUUAUGUCUGCAAAAAUAAGCAAUGAACAAGUGGUUAUACCAAACAUUUUGCCAAAAUUUGUUACUGUUCAAAAGCAACAAGCGAAUGCUCAAUUUAUAAAAGACUACGAUGGACAAUUUACCCGUCCAAUUAUAUUGAAAAAGAAAGAAGCUGAUAAUAAGGAAUGGUGGGAAAUGUAUGAUUAUUGCGACGAUAGCUUUUAUUUGGAUAUUUUGUCUGCAUUACCACUCAGUAACUGCGAUAAUGGAGUCGUCCUUUACAUAUUUAAUGAUAAAUCUUUUCCCUCGGCCAUGAGUUUUUUAGAAAAAACGGGGAUUAUUGGACUUUAUACAACAUUUGUGUACGUGGUGUCCAGGGUAAUUCGAUCACUUAUAGCAAACAAUCAUAGGCGGAUAAUGUUUGAAGAUUUACCAUUCGUCGAUCGAGUAUUAAAGUUAUGCAAUGAUAUAUAUUUAGUUCGUGCAACACAGGAAUAUCGUCUUGAAGAGGACUUAUAUGGAAGGCUUAUAUUUCUGUAUCUAUCAUCUGAAACACUUAUAAAAUGGACUCGAUUUAAGGAAGAUAUUUCAGAGGACGCGUCGAGUUCACAGCUAAGUCAAUCUGGAAUAAAUGACAACCAAAAAAAUUAA